UAAUUGCAACUAUACUGGAGUUUCCACCAGCAGAAAGGAGUGCAGCAACAGUUUUUGUCUUAUAAAAUUGUGCCAGCAUGCACUUACCCUUAACUUAACCUUAAAGACCUGUUUACUUCUCUAGAUCUUGUCUGCAUGGUCCUCACUAAAAGCAGCAGAGGGCAGCACAUCUUAGCACAAGUAUUACUACUUCAAAAAAUUGUACAUUUAAGUUUUUUUUUUAAUGUCAUUACAAGCUGGUUUAAUCAAAAUGUGCCAUGCCAUAGAUACUAAUAUCACUUUAUAAGAUUGUCCAGUUGGGUGUGGUGUUUUUUUUUAUACUUUCAACUCAAAUGAACACACAGGCACACAUACUCCUACUCAAUGGCCAUCAGCCAUUGCUUUCCCAGUAACGGGUCAGUCAGAUUUGCGUAGGUGGCAGAAGGUGGGUCCAAAUCCCUCGUAGGGCCCAGGGCUGAUUAAUGAUUAAAGGGGAUUAGGAGGAGGGUCAGGACUUGGCUGCUAGUCUCACUCUGAUGCUACUCUGGCUGCCUGUGCACUGUGUCACUACGAUCACUCACUUUUUUCAGGGCUAAAUUUGAGGAUGUCAGCAAGAAAAGAAACUGAAAACGAGAGGAGAACGACAUUGCAUUUUCAAGGUGAAUGCUGACCAGGCUAAAUAUAACCAUAAUGCAGCGUCCACACAAUAUCAGUCAUGACUACCAGGCUAAGCUGCUUAUGAGAGGACCUUCAGAGAACUGUUCAACCAAUCCCCCUCCCACUGGUCCCCAACACCCCCUGGAGGAUAACCUGUUCCUCUCCCCUCAUCUACCUGUGUCCCACCCUUAAUCCCCCCACCGGACUUAAAAGAAAAACUGAGAGGAUAAAUACACAAUGGCGGUCUUGAGAGUAAAGUUCACUAAGACCAGGAGGGACAAAUUGGCCCAGGUGCUAUGGAUCCUAAACUGGAUCUCAGUGGCGACAGGGGCCAUCCUGUUCAGCCUGGGGCUCUUUCUCAAGGUGGAGCUCAACAAGCGAGGGGAGCUGAUGGCUGAGAAGGACAUACAGUACGUCCCCAACAUGCUUAUAGCCGUGGGCCUCAUCGCCUGUGCCAUCAACUUCCUGGGUGGGAAGAUCUGUUACGACUGCGUGGACACCACCAAGUUCUUGCGCUGGAAGCUGAUCAUGCUGCCCUACAUCAUAUGCACUUUCUUCUUCACCUUCUGUGUGCUGGUGGGGGCUCUGAUGUGUUACAGCAUGCGUGGGGAGCUGGAAGAGUCUCUGAACCUGGGGCUGACAGAGGCCAUGAGGUUCUAUAAGGACACAGACACACCAGGGCGGUGUUUCCUGAAGCGCACCGUGGACAUGCUGCAGAUAGAGUUCCAGUGCUGUGGCAACAAUGGCUAUAAAGACUGGUUCCAGAUCCAGUGGAUCAGCAACCGUUACCUGGACAUGUCUCAGAAAGAGGUUGUGGACCGACUACGGAGUAACGUGGAGGGGAAGUACCUGAUAGAUGGAGUCCCCUUCAGCUGCUGCAACAUCAACUCUCCCCGGCCCUGCAUCCAGCAGCAGAUCACCAACAACUCUGCUCACUUCAACUACGAGCACCAGACGGAGGAGCUGAACCUUUGGAUGAAAGGCUGUCGGCAGGCGCUGCUAGAGCACUACAACUACAUCAUACAGUCCAUUGGCCUCGCAGUCCUCAUCACCUGGCUGUUCGAGCUGUCAGUUUUGACGGGAGUCCGUUACCUCCAAACCUCACUGGAAAACGUGCUGAGGCAGGGAGAUCCCAACUCUGAGUCCGAUGGCUGGCUGCUGGAAAACAGCUUCAUGGAAACAGCCCGCACCAACCUGCAUAUCAUCAAGACCCUGGGCAAGAACAACCAGAUAGACACAUCUAACAACGGAGACCCCAACAUUAACGUCCCCUCCACCUCCAAAGCACACUAUGGGCCAGACAACAUGCCACCGAAAAAGACAUCUGAGGCCGAGUUGACCUUUCUCUGAACAAAAGACCACAGUGAAUAGCAUCACUGAAGGCCUAACUAUCUAGACUACUUAAGGGGUUAGAGCCAAGAGUACCAACAAGGAUAUCUGGGUAUACUGAAGAUGAAAUACAGUGUGGGAAAUAUCACUUAAUAUAUGAUGCAUUUCCUUGAAUUAAAUCUUUUCUACAGCGCAGAUAAUGCCUUUUUGACAUUAGUCAAAAUCUUUCUAUACUGUAUGCUUUCUUGUUGAUGCAAACACCAUAACAUAAAUCA